AGCUGCUAGAGAAAAUGAAAUCUUAUCAAAUGAAAUUAAAGGUAUUAUUGAUAGAUUUCCCAAUGAUAACGAUGAUGGAUUUGAUGCUGAACCUGGCUAUGCAGCUUUUAAACAAUAUCAUGAAUUACGAGAAAAAAGAAUGAAAUUAGAAAUUGAACAAUCGAUGCAUUUUUUAUUCGAACUGCAAGUCGAAGGCGAUACCAACAAUUUGCAAGAAGAACUAAUCGCUCCGACUGUAAUACAAGAACAUCAAUUAUUAAAAUUGGGACCUAAAUUUAUAUUCAAUGACCCAAAAACAGCUGCUCGACGACGUAUAACUGAGUUGGCUGCUCUUCGUCGAAAAAUUGAAAACUGUUUCUUUCGUAAGAAAGUGAGCCCCGGUCGUCCUGUUCAACAAUUUAUAGCUGAAUUAGAUGUUCUUCUUCAAACUUUACAUAAUGUUUCAACAGCAGACAAAUAUUUAAAUAAAAAUGCAUUAAUUGACAAUAAUAUAAAUCAAAAUAAAAAUGAUAUAGAAAUUAUAAAUAGUCAAUUGUCUCAAUCACAAAUUGUCAAUAUAAUUAAAAUUAAGAAAAAGAAAAAUUAUGGAAGAUUAGUUAAAAGAUUGAAGCAUAAAUUUAAAUUGGCAAAUGUCGUAUUACAGAAAUCAGAUAAAUCAAAAGUAUUCCAUUUAGGUAAAUUAGAAUAUUAUCGUAAGAAAUCUGAAGAGUAUAUGGCUAAAACUGAAGCAUAUAAAUGCUUAGGUACAAAUGAUCCAUUACCAGAUUUAAUUAUAAGAACCAAUAAAUAUUUAUUGGAUUUAAGAUUAACUAAAUGGAUUACUCAAAAACAAUAUGAAAAUUUAUGUAUUAACCCAUGUGAAGUGGAGCUGGCUCAUUUAUAUUAUUUACCAAAAGCCCAUAAGCCAGGUACUCCUCUUCGUCCAAUAGUUUCUGGCCUUAAACAUCCUACUAUCAAAAUAUCAAAAUUUCUUGAUGAAUUAUUAAGACCAUUAUUUGAUAAAAUGGCUGUAAAAACAACCGUAAAUUCUGGUUUUGAAUUAAUA